CCUCCCCACAGCAAUCAGCUGUGGGACUUGACACCGCUUGAUCAAGGAAAGCAGGGGGAAAUUACAUCACAUCAGUCAAGAUCCACCUACAGUGGCAGCUCUGGUGGUAUUGGAGUUGCUGCUGACCACCACAGCAGGUCUGCACCCACCAGGAACCAUCCAUCCAUCCCCCAGCUUGGUUGAAUUUUGUCUGUGUUGCUGACUAAGACUGUUUGAAAAGAAGGAUAAUUGACUCUUUAUGUUGUUCACAGCCUUUUAGAGUGUAAAAAUGGAGCUUGAAACAGAUUUGUGUUUGUAGUGGUUUAGAUAGGGACUUAUUACUGAGCUUUCUCUAACUUGUAUCAUGACUGGGGCUAAGAUUGAGCCUGGUGUUGCCAGUAAGCCUGAAACAAAGGCUGGGGAAGAGGUUGUGGGUGGGGCUGAAAGAGAGAAUGAAGUUCCCUUGGUUGUCAGGCCCAAGGUUAGAAUUCAAGCCCAGAUAAUGAAUGGGGCAAGGCCCAAAACUAAGACCAAGGUUAUGCCUCGGGCAAGGCCUAAAACUAAGGCCAGUACAGGAGGUGGGGCACGUUCUAAGAGUAAGUCGAAGGCAAUCCCUAGGUCAGAAUCUAAGGGUGAUGCCCAGGUAUGGGCCCAGGCUGAGUGUGGGGCUAUGGCAAUGUUGAAGAUUGAGGGAGAGUCUCCAAGCAGUAGUGCUGUUUCUAGAUCAGUUGCUAAAACGAAGCGUCUGUCUGUGGAUCGAGAACUGCUUAAUAUGGACACUGAGAGCUUUCCUAGAAGGAAGGACAACUCCCAAGCAGGAUUCCAGCCUUCAUUUAGGUCAGAGGGAGAGGAUGGUAUGGAGUCCUGGUACUGCCCCAAGCCUCUAUCCAAACAAGAAAUGUCUCUGUUUCCCUUGUUCUGGAAUAGAUAUGAAGUCAGUUCCAAAUUUCGUCCUAGGAAUAGAAUAAAGGCCAGUACCAGGUCCAGGCACAUGGCCGAAAAAGAAGUUAAUAUUCUGUGUAAGCCCAAAGCCAAGAAAGAACUCUGUACUGUGUCUAGUUCUGGUUCUGAGGAUGAGUCUGUGAAGAUACCCUGUUUAUGGGCCAAAGACCAGACCUAUUCCUGGUCCAGGCCCAGAGAAGAGGCCAAUAAUUGGUCCAAGUUUACAUCUAAGACACAAGUCUGUGUUGAGUCCAGUUCUGGUUCUGAUCGUGAAGACCACAUGAAGUCUUGGUUCUGGUCUAGAGAGGGGGUCAAAUCCAGAUCCAAACCCAGAGCCAGAAAAGAGGCCAACACCAGGGCCAGGCAAAGGGCCAAGCAAGAAGCUUGCAUGGAUUUCAUAUCUGGCUUCAUGGAUGCAAGAAAAAAUGAGCCCUGGUUCUUGCCUGGAGAAAAGGCUGGUAACUUUUUAUGGCCUAAGACCAAGAAAGAGGCCAGGGCCAGAGCAAUGGCAAAGGAAGAGGCCAAAGCCAAGGCCAGAGCCAGGGCCAAACGGGAAGUCAAGUCAGAGGAAGAGGUCCUUAUUGGUACCUGGCUCUGGGCUACAGAGGAAUCCAGCAUGGUGGAUGGAGCCAAUAUCAUGUCCAUUUCACAAAUGGAGGGAGAGUCCCUUGUUGGGAGUUGGUUCUGGGCUGAAGAAGAGGACAGUUUGGGGACUGGAGCCAGUAAAUCCAUACCAAGGGCUAAGGUGGAGCCUAGUUAUGAUUCCUAUCUUGGGGCUGUGAAAAACACUAGUAUGGCAAAUGGGACUGCAGCUGCUUCUGAAACUAUGCUAGCAACUGAUGAAGAAGUCGUUGUCAGUUCCUGGUUCUGGGUUGGUGAAGAAGCCAACCCAGAGGCUGAGGAAGAGACCAUUUUUGGGUCUUGGUUCUGGGACACUGAUGAAACUAGUGUGGAAUCUGGUAUAGCAGUCAGCUGUGAGUCCAGGCAAAAGUCAGAGGAAGAAAGAGCUAUUGGUCCCUGGUUCUGGACUGGAAAAGAAGGCAGUGUAGCGGCUGGGGUUGGAGAAGAGGCCAAGUCAGGAUCUGAAGAAGAGACAAUAUUUGGAUCCUGGUUUUGGUCUGAAAACCAGCCCUGUGUGGAUUCUAGGGAUAAAACUAGCUGUGACACUGUGCCAGUGGGUGAGGAGGAGGAACCCAUUAUUGGGUCCUGGUUCUGGGCCGGAGUAGACACUUGGGUGGAGGCUGAAGUCAACAGCGUGUCUAAUCUGGAGGAUGAGGAAGAGGCCAUUGUAUCACCUUGGUUUGGAGUCAAAGAAGAGGUCAGUAUAAAGUAUGGGGCUAGUGCCAGAUGCAAAUUCAUGACAGGAGCUGAGGAGAAAGAUAGAUCUUGCUUCUGGGAAAAAGGAAAACCAUUUAUGUAUCCUGCUGAUGGAGGAAGCUGGAAUUCUAAACCAAAGGAGGAAGAGGACACUGUUGAUUCAUGUUUCUGGUCCAAAAACUACUCAAGACCAGGGGCCAUUGUAGGGUCUUCGUUAUGUGCCGCAGAAGGUGGCAGUAUAGAUGAUGAGACUGGAGAAGAGGCUAGGUUAUCAACUGAAGGGGAGAACGUAAUCAAGCCUUUGUUCUGGAAAGAAGAUAAAGCCAUUCAAGAGACUACCAGCAGAGAAGAUCCCAGGCCAGAAGCUGAGGAGGAAUAUAUUGUUGGUUCUUGGUUCUUGGCUGGGGAGGAGUACAGGCUCGAGGCAGUGCCUAAAGUUAGAGAAGAGAAUAGUCUAACAACUGAGGAGGAAGCUGUUGUUGGGUCCUGGUUCUGGGAAGAGCCUGUUAGGAGAGAAGCUGGAUUUUGCAACAAAUCCAGUGUCACAUCUGAAGAGGAGGAAGUCAUUGUUGGGUCCUGGUUCUGGGAAGAAGGGGCCAGGAUGGAGACAGUGAUAGAGGCCAGCUCUGAGUCCAAGCCUGGGACUGAGGAGGAGGAAAUCAUCAUUGGGUCCUGGUUCUGGGAUGAAGAAGCCAGUAUGGAAACUGGGUCUCAUGCAGUAGACAAAACGGGGUCAGAGACCGAAGAGAAUGUUUUUGGGUCCUGGUUCUGGGCUGCAAAAGAAGGUGAUGGAGAAUCAGGUGUAUGCCAUGUGUCCUUGCCACAGGAUGAUGAAGAGAUGAUUGUUGAGUCCUGGUUGUGGUCUGGAGAGGAGGCCAUUAAGGAGACUGGAACUGUGGCUACUUGUGAGUCGGAAAAUGAGGACGGGGCAGUUGCUGGCUCAUGGUUUGGAGCUCAAAAUGAGGAGAAUGACAGGACUGGAAGUGGAACCAGCUGUGAGUCCAGGACGUUUGCUGAUGAAGAUGAGGCCAUAGUGGGGUCCUGGUUCUGGGCAGGAGAUGAGCCUCAUUUUGAGUCAAAUCCAAGCCCUGUUUUCAGGGCCAUUUGCAAGUCCAGGUGUUCAGUUGAGCAGGAGCCUGAUCCAUCACGCAGGCCCCAGAGCUGGGAUGAGGUCACUGUUCAGUUCAAGCCUGGUCCGUGGGGAAGGGUUGGCUUCCCAUCCACAAGCACCUUUAACUUUCCCAAAGAAGCAGCAUUUCUGUUUUCUGAAAUGUUUGGAGGAAAGCCCAAGCUCUUGGAACUUAGCCCGGAAGGGGAAGAGCAGGAAUCUUUGCUUCAGCCUGAUCAGCCUGACCCUGAGUUCCCAUUUCAGUAUGAUCCUUCCUAUCGGUCAGUCCAGGAAAUUCGAGAGCACCUUAGGGACAAAGAGAGUAAAGAGCCUGAGAAUUGGUCUUGCAGCUGCAUACAGUGUGAACUUAGAAUUGAUUCUGAAGAGUUUGAAGAACUCCUUUUACUAGUGGACAGAAUCCGUGAUCCUUUCAUUCAUGAAAUAUCUAAAAUUGCAAUGGGGAUGAGAAGUGCUUCUCAGUUUACCCGAGAUUUCAUUCGGGAUUCUGGUGUGGUUUCACUUAUUCAAGCCUUGCUCAAUUAUCCAUCCUCCCGAGUUAGGACAAGGUUUUUGGAAAAUAUGAUUCGCAUGACUCCACCUUACCCAAAUCUAAACAUGAUUCAGACAUAUGUAUGUCAAGUGUGUGAGGAAACCCUUGUUUAUGGCUUGGAUACCCCUGAGCAGCUCUGUGGAAUAAGGAUGAUUACACAUCUCACCAGUACUACUGACUAUCAUACACUGAUUGCCAAUUAUAUGUCAGGAUUUCUCUCCUUGCUAGCUACAGGCAAUACCCAAACAAGGUUUCAUGUCUUGAAAAUACUGCUGAAUUUUUCUGAAAAUCCUGUCAUGACAAAAGAACUACUCAGUGCUGAAGCAAUGUCAGAAUUUAUGGGCCUCUUUAGCAGGAACGAGACAAAUGGCAAUGUUCAAAUUAUUCUUGCAAUAUUUGAAAAUAUUGGUAACAAUAUCAAAAAAGAAGCAGUGUUCACUGAUGAUGAUUUUGAUCUCGAGCCACUUAUUUCUACAUUCCAUGAGGCUGAGAAAUUUGUUAAGGAACUGCAAAGCAAACCAGACGAUCCAAAUGACCCCAAAGCAGACCAAGAAAAUUAAUAUGACUAAUCACUUGCCUGAUUGUCCUUUUGUUCCUGUGUUGUGAUCCUCAAGUAACGCUUUGGUUUUCAAAGUUGAAUCUGUGUUGCAGCGUACAUCCUUAAUUCUGAUAUUAACUUGCCAACUCUGUGUAUAAGAUGGGUCAUUUUCUGAUGCCAAAUGAGUAUUGGAACUGAAAACACAUUUGUUGAUAUUUAUCUUGUCCAAAUUGUGAUAUUUAGUAUUUGAGCUUAUUGUGAACUGAGCCAUCAUAAAUAAGCUAUCCUUCCAGUUGCUGUUCCGAUGUUUACAUACCUCUUUGAGUCUUAUUUGUGUUUCAAUAAAGUUCUCUGUUAAA